AAAAUGUUUCAUACCGGGGGGAACCUGACCAAGGAAUUAAUUUUGUGGUAUCAGUGGCGCAAUUCAGCCUCUUUCAGCCUUGCUCAGAAUGGGCCUAGAACAGAUGCCCUGCAAGGUUUGGCCCUUUGAAAUCCCUCUCUACUCAUACGCCAUGAUAUUCUCAUAUCCUCAUCAGUGUAAGUUUUUAUGAAGUUGACAAAUUUUUCUCAGUUUGAGCAUGCUCAAAGUCAAACUGCAUCAUUCUACACCCAACCAGGUUACACGACUACGAUAGAGCUGAUCAACAGGUUAUGAUGCAGAGUGAGAAACUUCCUUCUCACCAAAACUUGAGCGAUCCACUACCUCAGAAUGAACAAGAUGGUUUUCGAUCUAAGGCAAAGGCGAAAGCUAAACGGUUGUUAAGAAUUGAUGAUGACGAUUCGUCAUCGGAAAAUAAUGAGGAAGAGCAGUUUUUCGAUUCUGUGGUGGAGGAGAUCAACCAGAGCCCUGCUUUCGACGCAGCCAAGGUGCUCAACACAUCCAGCCUAGAAAAUGGAUCGCGAAUAAAGAGAACGAAAAAUAUCCUACAGGGAACUGCUGAUGCUAUCGUGCAUCCAGUCGCAUCUAUUAAAUCGAAAGCUACGAGGAAAACCGCGGGAAAAUUGGCCAAAAGUAGACCAUAUCUCUCAAAUCAAGCAAAAUUUGACUUCCUUGAAGCCCACGAUGAAUUACAACAGGCCAAGGAUGAUCAGCAUAGUAGCGACGAUGGAGAUGUGAAUGAGGACAAUCUAGGCAAAAUCGACUACUAUGAAAAUAAGGUUCACACAAUUGAGCGAGAUAGGGAGGAAAUACGUGUUGCUUGGGUCACCAAUAGACAUGUUCAUCGUGUUCGCGUCGUUGACAAAACACCUGCACCAUUUCCAUCGGAUCAAUAUUUUGAGGCGCCAGAUGAUCAUGGGUAUGCGGAACUCAAAUGGGGGAAAUAUAUUGGAUAUGUGAGUCUGCACUCUUCACACAAUUGCCAUUUUCAAACUAAACAAUCGAUAGAAGCUUCUCCAUGGUUCACAUAGUUUCACGGCCCAGUAUGUUGAUGAUUUUGAAGAGCUUCCUUUUGACAUAGACAUCUUGCGUAAACACGUAGAGAGGCUCAUUAUAGUCAGUGCUUCACUGCAGGUGUUUGUGUUGGACAUUAGGAGCAUUUACAGGUGGGAGAACCCAUGGCGAACAUCUAGAUGGUUGAUAUCAUAUCUAUUACUUUGGUAUAAAUCAUACAUCAUGUCAUUUUUGGUAAGAAAGUUGUUUGUUUCGAUCAUAGAGUACCGUCUCUAAAUUACCGUUUAGUAUGCGUAUAUCGUUUACGCAACUGCGAAGAACUACUACUACCCCUCAGUGUCCGCAUUGCGCGAGGAAGUUUCGAGAAAUAUUGAUCGAGGAGCGACGGCUUUGAAAGCUGGAGAGUUGAUGGAAAAGCAUGGAAACAAGCACUGGCUGGGGCCUCUUUUGGAACAAAUCGGUCCAUAUUUACAAUUACAAAUUGCGGAUUUAGCCAACUUACUUGAGGUCUACGACAGUUUCUUUCACUUCCGCCGUCCUCAGAACACAUUUUACUCCCUUUUCCUAUUUCUGGCGGUUUUUCUCCUUAGCGUUUGUGCCUCCAUUCAAUUCACCAUGAAAGUAUUCUGGUUCGUGGUUGGUCUUGUAUUUUUUGGUUGUUGGCCUAUUAGCUCCUUAUAUCCCCAAUACCGCUUGCUUGUUUCGCCGCUCAAGUGGGCUUUUUGGGAUAUUCCAACGUACUCAGAAUGGUCUCUUCAAUAUCUCCAAGAACGUGGAUCUUCAGCCUUGGAGAAAAUUAACUCACAUCCAUCGAGGAAUAUAAAUACUCGAGUCGGAGGUGCGGGAAGUGUGGUAAAGUCCGGGAGCCACAAUGAAGAUAAUAACCCAACGGUUGGUGCGGAAAGUGUCCGCGGGGAGCAUCAAGAUAUUUUGUCAUUCAGUUGCACUUUGCAUCACAUUCCGGGACGUCUAAUUCUCUCCACCAGCACCAUUCGUUUUGAACCUUCAGUUCCCAACAUUCUGUCUCGGAAAACAUUCGAUAAACCGUACGGCGAAUUAGUUGAAAUGUCAAAACGAGAGACCGAGGAUAUGCUCCUAGCCCAAUUAGCAAAAGCAACGAUUGGAAGAGAUAAACUAGAGUUGAAGUUUCGUGGGGAAGCCGGUAAUGACAUGCAGGAUGCAAAUCAAAAUGGGCACGUAGUUGUGCUACUGGAGAAUAUGAAUGGGAGAGAUAAGGCUUUCAAUAGUAUCAUAGCAUUCAGCGGGGUAAGGUGGCAGUGCUUACAAAAGCCACUGAAAAAACUUACUGGAAUGGAAAACCGAUCAUCGAACGCGUAGCCCUAUUUAGCACUAUCCACACCAAAAAAGAACGUCGGCGAUCUCUUACGCAUUGACUAAUCAUAACUCCGAGGCUCAAUAGUGUUCCCCUUUUUUCUUCUUUUCGCAAGAAUUGACGACCUUUUAUCCACGCCCACCUACACACAGAGAGAGACUCAUAAUCAUAUUCCCAUGAUUGGGCAAUAAUUGAUUGGGUUCGUGACCUGAUGGUUGUUCCUAAUAAACUGAUAGCUACCGAAAUCGAUGGGUCCGGCACUAGCAAUGGAAGUAAUUUACCAUAAAAAUUGAAGUGAUUCACCGGUUGAAUUUUGAUGGUCGAUCAUACGGCAAUGGUUUGAGGAAUUCUAGUGAUUCUAUGGCAGGGAUCGGAAAAUAAACUUAUGGGGUCAGAAUCAGGAAGAUCUUCGGGAAUGCUUUGAUUCGUUCAAAAACUAAGCUGUAAGCACAAAUCACGAAUGUUUUUCCAAUCCCUGGGGGACUCUAAAAUGCCCCAGCUCAGUGGAUUCUAAUUCGGCCUAAA